AUGAGUGGUAAGCCAGACUUGUCUGAAGUGAAGUUUGACAGGUCAAAACUGAAGAAAACUAAUACCGAAGAAAAAAUCAUUCUCUCCCCAAAGGAAACUAUCCAGCAGAGGAAGAGCAUCUUCUGA